AUACUAUCCAUUGGCCUUUUUAGGGUCUUGGCUUGGAGAAGAUCCGCCUCUGAGGUUUUAUAGUCUCACUGGUAUUUAUACCAAAGGCAUCGUCAGAACAGAGUCCCCGAGGAAAGGAGUUUUCCUGUACACUUGGUCUCCUGUGUCCCAGCACCACCGUCAGUCGAAGCCAUGUGUGAAGAGGAGACAACCGCCCUUGUUUGUGACAAUGGCUCUGGGCUGUGCAAGGCUGGGUUCGCCGGUGACGAUGCCCCCCGUGCCGUUUUCCCAUCCAUUGUGGGUCGCCCACGUCACCAGGGUGUGAUGGUGGGGAUGGGCCAGAAAGACAGCUACGUUGGGGACGAAGCCCAGAGCAAGAGGGGGAUCCUGACCCUCAAGUACCCCAUUGAGCACGGCAUUAUCACCAACUGGGACGAUAUGGAAAAGAUUUGGCACCAUUCUUUCUACAAUGAACUGCGAGUGGCUCCUGAAGAACACCCCACACUUCUGACAGAGGCACCCCUGAACCCUAAGGCAAACCGAGAAAAGAUGACCCAGAUUAUGUUUGAAACCUUUAACGUCCCUGCCAUGUAUGUCGCAAUCCAAGCUGUGCUGUCCCUCUAUGCAUCUGGCCGCACCACCGGUAUUGUUCUGGACUCCGGUGAUGGCGUCACUCACAACGUGCCCAUUUACGAAGGUUACGCCCUGCCUCACGCAAUCAUGCGUCUUGACCUGGCUGGUCGCGACCUUACAGACUACCUCAUGAAGAUCCUGACAGAACGGGGCUACUCUUUUGUCACCACUGCUGAACGAGAAAUUGUGCGUGACAUCAAGGAGAAGCUGUGCUACGUCGCUCUGGAUUUUGAGAAUGAGAUGGCAACAGCUGCUUCCUCCUCAUCCCUGGAAAAGAGCUAUGAGCUUCCUGAUGGGCAAGUCAUCACCAUUGGCAAUGAGCGAUUCCGUUGCCCAGAAACUCUUUUCCAGCCUUCCUUUAUAGGCAUGGAAUCUGCUGGCAUUCAUGAGACAACCUACAAUUCCAUCAUGAAGUGCGACAUUGACAUCCGCAAAGACCUCUAUGCCAACAACGUCCUUUCUGGAGGCACCACCAUGUACCCUGGAAUCGCAGACAGAAUGCAAAAGGAGAUUACAGCCUUGGCUCCCAGCACAAUGAAGAUAAAGAUCAUUGCUCCUCCUGAGCGUAAAUACUCUGUUUGGAUUGGUGGUUCCAUCCUGGCCUCUCUCUCCACCUUCCAGCAGAUGUGGAUCAGCAAACCAGAGUACGAUGAGGCUGGUCCUUCAAUUGUCCACCGGAAGUGCUUCUAGAGGCCAGAGCUAGAUUCUUCUAGAGCAUGGAGACUCCUUCCUCCUCCUCCUCCUUUUGCAAUUCUUUCUAACUCUUCAAUAAGCAUUAAAACGUUUUUCAAACUC